AUGGCGUCGUCAUUUCGUCCAGCAUCGCGACUGGUCGCGCGGCCAUUGACGAGUUCGGCAGCCAUUUUUCGACAAGCAGAAUCGUCACCCUUCAUCCGCGCCACAGCCACAGCUCAAUUCCAUAGCUCACGUCCUCGAAAUGCCCUACCAGCAGGGCCUCCCCCGGCCGGCUUCAGACUACCAAAACCCAAGAGAUUUGAUGAAGGCGAAAAGUUGAUGGACAAGGCCAGCAAUUACUUUCUGCUCACUGAGAUGUUGAGGGGGAUGUAUGUCGUGCUGGAACAAUUCUUCAGACCACCCUACACAAUCUACUAUCCCUUCGAGAAAGGUCCCGUCUCGCCCAGAUUCAGAGGCGAACAUGCCCUAAGGAGAUAUCCCUCGGGCGAAGAAAGGUGCAUUGCAUGCAAGCUUUGUGAAGCAGUCUGCCCGGCACUAGCCAUCACAAUUGAAGCCGAAGAAAGAGAGGACGGCUCGAGGAGAACAACUCGAUACGAUAUUGACAUGACGAAGUGCAUCUAUUGUGGCAUGUGUCAGGAGAGCUGCCCGGUGGACGCCAUUGUCGAGACACCUAACGCAGAGUAUGCCACCGAGUUUCGAGAAGAACUUCUUUAUAAUAAGGAAAAAUUACUGGCCAACGGUGACAAAUGGGAGCCUGAAAUUGCGGCUGUGGCUCGAGCAGAUGCACCCUACAGAUGA